UCCUCUUCAAGUCUCCUAGUCUCUCUGUUCUUCUAAUUAAACUCAAACACUGCUAUAUAAUCCAGACCUCCCUAUAUUGGAUUCACUUUUCCUUUCAUUUCUCAGAUUCUAGUUUAGUACGCAGGAACUUAGAUCAUGCAGAAAAGGUUUAAGCCGGAAAAUCCAUGGUUUCUUGGAAUGGCUAUGGUGGGAUUGAUCAGUGGUGCGUUGAUUAUUGCUUCAUUUUUAAGAGGAAAUGGUUCUCCUACAGUAUUUUGUAACGGUGGUCCACGGCGCCCAGCCACCGCCGGGGACGUGACGGAGCUCCAGCUAGAAGCCAUUCUCCAUUACGCAACGUCGAAAGUGACUCCACAGCAAAACAUUCAUGAGAUCAGACUCUCUUACGACGUUCUCAGAUCUCUUUCUCCAUGCACUUUCCUCGUGUUCGGACUCGGUCACGAUUCUCUCAUGUGGGCCUCUUUCAACCCUCGUGGAACCACCUUAUUCCUCGAGGAGGAUCCCAAGUGGGUCCAGACCGUGCUCAAAGACGCCCCCGGGCUCCGAGCGAACACCGUCAACUACCGCACCAAACUCUCCGACGCCGACGAUCUCCUCUCACACUACCGCAAAGAACCGGACUGUUCGUCGACUAAAUCCUUCAUCCGCGGGAAUAGCAAUUGUCAAUUAGCACUGAAUAUGCUACAAGACGAGGUGUACGAUAAAGAAUGGGACAUUAUAAUGAUCGACGCGCCGCGUGGGUAUUUCCCGGAUGCGCCGGGGAGGAUGGCGGCGAUUUACUCAGCAGCCGUCAUGGCGAGGAAUCGAAAAAGUCCCGGCGUGACCCACGUGUACUUGCAUGACGUUGACCGCAAGGUAGAGAAAAUGUACGCAGAAGCCUUCUUAUGUAAGAAGAAUCUGGUGAAGGCUGUGGGGAGGCUAUGGCAUUUCAAGAUUCCACCAGCUAGUAACAUGGACACUGAAUUUUGCUAGAGUGUGCCUCCAGUGCUCAGUUUAUCUGUGGAUUAUUACUUUCCUUAUUGACAGCCACACAUUUUUCCCCCUCAAUUUAUUACAGGUUAUUGUAAUUCAUAAAUUGUGAUCAAUCAAAUACUGCAAAGUCCCUGUGAUUAGAAUUGGACCAUAAAGGAACUCCGAUCUAUACCAGCACCAUAAUAUCAGAUUGGGGAGGAAGAUCAGAAAAAAAUAUCUAUUCUAGUUCUAUUUCUCAGUAUUGUUUAAUGUAAUACUUAAUAUUGCCUUUUCUUGUACGCAUCCCAACAAGUAGCUAUAUUUAAAAUUAAAUAUAUUGUUAAAAAAUUAAUCUUGCAAUAA